AUGAAGGAGAAGGGAGGAGAGCAGGAGGAGAGCCUGGGGUUUGCUCCAGUGAUGGUGGUGGUGGUGGUCGACGGCGACUACAAGGUCGCCGUCACCGCAAUAUGUCCGCAGCGAAUAAAUCGUACGUACGUACGUAUGAAGAAGGAGAGGAAGAACAAGAACGCGCAGAUUAUCAGUGCAAUCAACAUUCGCUGCCGCUUGGGGAAUCAUCCGCAAUGA